AUGGCAUCGAUUAAUAAUCCAUUGUCAGUUGCAGCAUCUUCAAUGAAUAUUAGAUCAGUUCUACAGGAAUACAUCAAUAAGAUGCUCUCUGGUAUUGAUGGAAUGAAAGUUUUGGUACUCGAUAAAGAAACAGCAGGUAUGGUUAGUAUGGUAUAUUCACAGUCGGAGAUACUUCAGAAAGAGGUAUUCCUCUUUGAGAAGAUCGAUAGUAACUCUAGAGAGAAGAUGCCACACAUGAAAGCUGUCUACUUUGUCAGACCUACUCAAGCCAACGUGAACAUGAUCGCUGAUGAACUUAGAAAUCCAAAAUAUUCUGAUUAUCAUUUAUUCUUUACAAAUGUAAUUGGAUCUGCAUCUAUGGAUGAGAUGGCAAAGGUAGAUGAUAAAGAGUUGGUCAAGGAGGUACAAGAGUUUUAUGGUGACUUUUAUCCAGUUAAUCCAGAUACAUACUCUUUGAAUAUUACAGGUGCAUUGACAAAGAGAUCAUCGGCAUGGCAAACCAAUGUCAACCGUAUCAUCGAUGGUGUCAUCGCAUCAUUGUUGGCAUUAAAGAAGAAACCUGUCAUCAGAUACUCUGCAAAAUCAGAAGUAACUAAAUAUCUUGCUGAAGUUGUAUUGUCAAAGAUACAGAAAGAAAAGGAAAUAUUUGAUUUUAGAAAGCAAGACAGUGUAUUGUUGAUUCUAGAUAGAAAGGAUGAUCCAAUCACACCAUUGCUUCAUCAAUGGACCUAUCAAUCUAUGAUUCACGAGCUAUUGACAAUUAGCAACAACAGAGUCAGUUUGAGCAAGACUGCUGAGGUCGAUCCAAACAAUGAGUUCAUUCUCUCGAUCGAUCAAGAUUCCUUUUACAAAGACAAUCUCUACAAGAACUACGGUGACUUGGGUGCUAGCAUCAAAGAUCUAGUAGAAACCUAUCAAAAGAAGAGAGAUGAAUCAAGUGCAAACAUUAGAACCAUAGAUGAAAUGAAGAAAUUCAUUGAACAAUAUCCAAACUUCCAGAAAUUCUCUACAACUGUGUCAAAGCACGUUAAUUUGAUGGAUGCAAUGUCAAAGAAGAUCAGUGACAACUACUUGAUGGAGAUCUCUGAGAUUCAACAGGAGUUGGCAUGCAACAGCGACCACAACAGUGCCUACGCUCGUUUGAAUGAGAUACUCGAUAACCCCAAGUAUUCAAACACCGACAAAUUGGUGUUGGUCUUGUUGUACAGUAUCCGUUAUGAAGACGGUCGUGUUUGGGAACUCCAAGAGAAACUCUCGAGAUGUGGUGUUCCACCGAGUGAUAUCGCCUUGAUUCAGCAUCUCAAGGAGUACGCCGGUAAUACACAGAGAGAAGGUGACCUCCUCGGUACCAAGAACGUCCUCACCAACUUUAUGAACGGUGUUGUCAAGCGUGGUCUACAAGGUGUAUCCAACAUCUACACACAACACGUUCCACUUCUCCAAGAGAUCUUGGACAACAUCUCAAAGAACAAACUUAAAGAGCAAUCCUAUCCAUUCCUCACUCCAAAUCCACCAAAAGAAAGACCAAACGAUAUCAUUGUUUUUGUAGUUGGUGGUAUCACCUUUGAAGAGGCAUACAAUGUUUUCAAAUUCAAUUCGAUGAACUCCAACAAUGGAAUCAGAGUUGUUUUGGGUGGAACUACAAUUCUUAAUUGUACUCAAUUUUUGGAUGAUUUACAUAAUUUGAAGUUAAUGAGUGUUAGAUAA